AUGGUCCGCCAACAGACUCUGGGCAAGUUCUUUGGGAAGGGAGGGGAUCCCCCCGUUCAAACCACACUGGACAACGCGUUCGGUGGGAAGAGGAAACGCAGUACGAAAGCAGAGAAGGAGGAGGAUGCAGUGGAUGCAAAAGGGGGGGUCGGUGAUUCUGAGAAAGUGGUGGCGGCGACACGCUCUCCAUCACCGGCCAAACAUCCCAAGCCGAAGCCACCAGCGUCGAAGAAACGACGAGUGAUCCAAUCCGACGAUGAGGAUGAUUCGGGACCUGGUCCGUCCAAUACGAAGCAGACGCGGGCGGGCUCACAGAAACCACCGUCCUCAAACACUACGGCAAAGCCCAAUAGUGUUCCGAGCGCACCAUCGAAAUCGGGACCCAAUGCCAAGGCGAACAAGGUUGUGGCGGUGGCUGAACCUAUAGAUGAAGAUGACGCCGCUGUCUCAUCCGCUGUCGAAGAAGACCCGGAUGAAGGCGAGGAAGAGGUUGAUGCGGAUGAGGACUUGGAGGAGGAAGAGGAGGGCGGCGUUGCGUCACAGAACGCCGAAGCAGCACUAUUGAAGAUCGAGGAGGUCGACCUCCCUAACGGCUGGAACGUCGGAGAACCUGUGCCCUAUGCCGCGUUGGCCAAGGUGUUUUCGCUGAUUGAGGCGACCACCAAACGCAUCGAGAAGACCUCCUUAUUGACAUCCUUCUUGCUUUUGGUCAUUCGACGGAGAGCAGAGGGGGUUACGCAAUCCCUGCUCCAAGCAGUCUACCUCUGCAUUAACCGACUCUGCCCUGACUAUAUGGGGAUCGAGCUAGGUAUCGGCGAGAGUUUGCUGGUCAAGGCCAUCAGUGAGUCUACAGGCCGAAGUCUGGCGACCGUCAAGGCAGACUUGAAGAAGGAGGGUGACCUCGGGCUCGUCGCUAUGAACUCCAAGAAUAGCCAGAAGACGCUCUUCAAGCCUAAACCACUGACUCUUCCCACCGUGUUCAAGAAUCUCAAAGAGAUCGCUAUGAGCAGCGGGCACUCUUCACAAAACAAGAAAGUGUCCAUCAUCACGAAGCUGCUCGCAUCUUGUCAGGGCCAGGAAGCGAAGUACAUUAUCCGCAGUCUAGAAGGCAAGCUCCGAAUAGGUAACGCCGAGCGCACCGUCCUUGUUGCACUAGCGCAUGCCGCUGUCCUCGCUGAACAGGAAAGCGCGAACAAGAGGCUGAAUACGGAGAAGCUUGCUGCCCGGCUUGAAGAGGCUGCCGGGAUCAUCAAGCAGGUGUACAGCGAACUUCCGAACUACGACCUCGUUAUUCCCGCUCUCCUCAAUGCCGGCAUUGACGGCCUUAAGGAGAAGUGCAAACUCAGUCCUGGGGUGCCCCUUAAGCCUAUGCUGGCCAAGCCUACGAAGGCUAUAGGAGAGGUCCUCGACAAGUUCGAGGGCAAGAAAUUCACAUGCGAGUACAAGUACGAUGGCGAGCGCGCACAGGUCCACAAGCUCGCAGACGGCACUAUUGCCGUGUUCAGCCGCAAUUCCGAGGACAUGAGCAAGAAGUACCCCGAUCUCAUGGAACAAUUGCCCCGGUGUGUCAAGGAGGGCACGGAAACCUUCGUGUUUGAUGCCGAGGCGGUGGCUAUAGACAAAGACACUGCGAAGCUCCUCCCCUUCCAAGAGCUCUCUAGGCGCAAGCGGAAGGAUGUCAAGGUGGAGGACAUCAAAGUCCGCGUGUGCCUGUUCGCGUUUGAUCUGCUAUAUUUGAACGGCGAGCCGCUGCUGCAAAAGGACUUCGCCGAGCGUCGGGCGCUGCUCCAGGAGCACUUCCAGCCCGUGGAGCACGAGUUCCAGUUCGCAAAGGCGUCCGAUGCCGAAACGGUGGACGAAAUCCAGACCUUCCUCGAGGAGAGCGUCAAGGACGGCUGCGAGGGCCUCAUGGUGAAGAUGCUCGAGGGCGAGUUCAGCCACUACCAGCCCAGCAGGCGCACCGUCAACUGGCUCAAGCUCAAGAAGGACUACCUCGCCGGGGUCGGCGACUCGCUCGACCUCGUCGUCGUCGGUGGCUACUUCGGCAAGGGCAAGCGGACGAACGUCUACGGCGCGUUCCUCCUCGCGUGCUACGACGCCGACGCGGAGGAGUACCAGACGAUCUGCAAGAUCGGCACCGGGUUCAGCGACGAGGCGCUGCAGGCGCACUACGAGACGCUCAAGCCGCUCGAGGUGCACGCGCCCCGCGGGGACAUCAAGAUCGGCGGCGCGAAGCCGGACGUCUGGUUCGAGCCCAAGGUCGUCUGGGAGGUCCUGACGGCGGACCUGAGUCUGAGCCCCAUAUAUACCGCCGCGCAGGGUUUGGUCGAGGAGCGCGGUAUCUCCCUGCGGUUCCCUCGAUUCAUCAAAAUCCGAGAAGACAAGGACGCAGACGACGCGACGGGUCCUGAGCAGAUCGCAGAGAUGUAUCAGCGUCAAGCCCUCGCUCAGACGAAGGGCGGGAAGAAGAGCAAGGGCGGGGACGGGGACGACGGCUUCUGGUGA